AUGGAGGACGAAGGGAAUGACGGAACGUAUGGGUCAGUCCCCGUGACAUCUCAGGCGGCGACAACGAGCACUGUGGUAGGAAAGCCUCGAGAUUUUGUAACACAGGGAGUUACAGGUAUGGAGUCUUACCUGCAUGGCCUAACUACAGCAAAAAGUAAAAGUGAGUUAAAACGGUUGGGUAUCACCCACAUUUUGAACUGUGCUAAAGGGAAAAGUCCAUAUCAUGUGAACACCAACCAUGUCAUGUACAGAGAUCUGGGGGUCAAGUUCAAGGCCAUUGAAGCAACAGACCAGAUGAACUUUGACCUGAGUCCAUAUUUUGAGGAAACUGCCAAUUUUAUUGAGGAAGCAAUAACAUCAGGAGGUCGAAUAGUUGUCCACUGCAGAGAAGGUGUCAGCCGGUCAGCUGCCAUCACCUUGGCCUAUCUAAUGCUGAAGAAACACAUGACAGUACAGCAAGCAGUUAGAGCUAUGAGGAAGAAGAGGGAAAUCUGUCCUAAUGAUGGAUUCCUACUGCAGCUGUGUUAUUUGAAUGACAAACUUUUGAAAGCAAAUCAUUUCAGUGAUACAGAACAAGACAGCUGACUUCUUUGUUAGAAAACAGUGGAACAGCACAUGGUUUAUCACAUGGUUAAUUUUCACAUUUUGAUGGGAUUUUAAAAAAAACUUUUAAUCCCAUUAUUUUUCUCAAUAUGUGAUGGUUUUCUUCCUGCACUUCACACAAGCAGAAAUUUGACUCUUAGUAAGAGUCUUACAAAGACAAUAAAUCAAGUUGUGAGAAGAAAGUAGGAAGAAAUGGCUUAGUGGCCUUUCCAGGGUUUGGAGGGGCCAUGAAAUUUUACUUUAAAUCUGAAAAAAAAAUCAGGCCUCCCUAUGGAACGUGGAA